UGGCUGGUUCCCACAUGGUGGCAAAUGCGGCAGCUCGGAUGCUUGUGAUCGUAAAGCGUCAAGCAAUUUUGAGUGUUGACAUCUCAGAAUUGGAAAGCUUCCUUUAAAUGUUUUCGACCACCAUGCUCCGCCGCGACGUUUUGCGGCUUUACAAGCAGCUGUUGCGAACUGGAAGGACAUGGGCCGCGGAAACUCCUGAGAGAACCCAGGAGGAGCAGUUCUACAUAAUCUCCGAAACCAAGGAUAUCUUUAAAAGGAAUAAAAAUAUACAAGAUACUCAGACGAUCAAGGAGUGCUUGAGAGAAGGACAGUCAAGGUUGGACUUGGCGCUCCACUACCACAACCCCUACCCCAGACCCGUGAAUCUGGCGCAGAGUGCGUUGUCACCAAGCCACGCAAAACAUCUCAAGGCCCAACAGAAACUGUGGAAAGCGUCGAGACCUAUCUACAUCCGGUCCAUUGAUUCCGACAGCAGUCCGCCCGACAAGAAGUAACUCUGUCGUGCGCUCGGGUUGCGUAGGUGGCAAGCUUUUCAAGAAGUCAUUGCUCUUUAUUGUAAUUUAUUAGACGAAUUUGAGCGUGCAGCUCAAAAGGAGA